CAUAAAUUUUUUUUAGAAGCAGAAAGUGAAUUUUUUCAGUCUUCCUUACUUAUAAUGUUGAAAUUAUUGAAAAAUACUCGUAAUCCAUAUCAGCCAGUGCAGCGUGUUUAUUGCUCAUCAACCUCCAAAAAGGAUACGCAGAAAACAAUACCGAAAAAUGUUUUGGAGACUUAUCAAACAGCUCAAUUACAAUCUGAAAACGGUGCCAUUUACGAUAAAAAGCCCUUUAAAAUACAUUUAGAUCAAAAUAAACUAUACAGUUGGUGCUUAUGCGGCAAAUCGAAAUCGCAACCAAUUUGUGAUGGUACUCAUAAAAAUGAAUUUUUGAAAAUUAAAUUGCGGCCAAUACGCUUCAAAGUCGAAAAAACCGGUGAUUACUGGCUUUGUAAUUGUAAACACACUAAACAUAGACCCUUUUGUGAUGGAACCCAUAAGGAACAGCAUAUACAAGAUGCCGUUAAAUAAGUAGCAUUUCUCAAACAUUGUCAUGACCAUCAUCGUCAGGACAUUUAGGACGAAAAUAACAACUAGGAUUUAAAAUUACUUUUUCAACGCGAUAUGUUUUAUUUUUGUAUGUAAUAGUUAAAAGUUAAUA